AUGUCUACUAUCAAGUCUUUGUUGCUUUCUCUGCUCCACUGCUUCCGCUCUGAGAGCGCCGACAACGACGACAACCAGGCCGGUCCUCGUCCUCUCGUUAUCGGUUCUCCCACAGACUUCUGCCAUGGUGGCACUCACGAAGGUGGUCCCCUCCGUGCAUCCAUCACUCCUCCACCUUUUCGUCGCGCCUUGACAGGAAAAGGACAGUCUGCAACAGAAGAUCAGGAAUGGCAAGAAAAGAGGGCAUAA